CGAAUAGCAACUUUGUUUAUGUUAUGGCUGGAUCCUUUCAAAUGGAAAUGUAUCAGAGCUAAAAAUAUUAACUAUAUAUCCUUCUUUAUAAGAGAAAGUGAUUUUCGAUAUUGUCACUACAAUGGCUUCUGCAAGAGAAGGCAGAGGCACAACUCAUGUUGGUUUUGUGUGUCAGAGAUGCUAUCAACCCUUGAAGUUGGAUCAUUCCUUGUUAUCUUUGGACGAGGAAACGAUCGCAGAGCUUACAGCUCCAUUUCCUGAAUUUGCAGCCCAGACUGAUGGUGGAGAAGACACAAAUGGGAAGUAUGACCCUUCUUCAUGUCAGACUGCUGUCAAUACAGAGGGAGAUGAUACAGUCAUAAGGAGAAUCAUUUCUCCUGUGAGACUUCAGUCACUGGAGGGUGGUUUUACUCUGAUCGGAGACUCGCAGCCAAUUAACACAGAAAACCUCAGUCACAGGCUCAAGGUCACCAGUCAGUUGUUUGAUAUAAUGUCUGGACAGUCAACUAUUGAUCACCCUUUGUGCGAGGAGUGUACAGACACCUUAUUAGACCAACUAGACCAGCAGCUUAAGAUCACAGAUGAUGAACUCAAAGAUUACAAAGUUUUUUUUGAGAAGCUCAAUGACAAACCAUCACUAGAUGGUGAGGCCUUGUCAAAGGAACUUGAAAAGCUUAGAAAGGAAGAGCAAGAACUGAUAAAGAAAUUAGAGGAAAUUGAAAUGGAAAGAAGCAAAGUGGCUGAAAAACUUGAAGCAGAGAAAGAGAGAUCUAAGCAGUUGGAGAUUGAGGAAAACAAGUAUUGGAUGGAAUACAGUGAGUAUCAAAAGGAGCUCUUGGAAUCUGAGGAUGAGCAGCAGAGUGUUGAUAAUCAGAUGAGAUAUGCUCAGGCACAGUUAGAUAAAUUAAAGAAGACAAAUGUAUUCAACAGUACUUUUCACAUAUGGCACAAAGGUCACUUUGGAACAAUCAAUAACUUCAGACUGGGUCGGCUGCCAAGUGUACCUGUUGAGUGGAGUGAAAUCAAUGCUGCUUGGGGUCAAACAGUCUUAUUAUUGCAUUCUCUAGCCCGAAAGAUGAACUUAACAUUUGAGAGAUAUCGUUUGGUUCCUUAUGGAAAUAAUUCCUAUCUAGAAUCACUGACAGACAAAUCAAAGGAUCUUCCAUUAUAUGGAUCUGGAGGAUUUAGAUUCUUCUGGGACACAAAGUUUGAUCAAGCAAUGGUUGGAUUUUUAGACUGUUUACAACAGUUUAAAGAAGCUGUUGAAAAAGUGGACAAGAGGUUUUGCCUUCCAUACAGGAUGGAAAAAGGCAAAAUCCAUGAUUCAAGUGGCAACGGCGGAGCUUUUUCCAUAAAAAUUCAGUUCAACUCCGAGGAGCAGUGGACCAAGGCGCUAAAAUUCGUGCUGACUAACUUGAAAUGGGGACUGGCGUGGGUCUCGUCCCAGUUUACUGAAAAGUGACUCAGACUAGCGGUCAGUCUGGAUAAUGCACUUCUGCAAGAAGUUUAUAAUGUACGAACACAGAAUCAGUUGACUUUGAAUAAUUGCUCUUGUAGUCUGAAGUUUGCUUUUGAAGAAAGUAAUAGAAACAAGACUCUUUAAAGAAAGAAACUUCAGAUUCUCAAGAGCACAGUGUAGAUAUUUUUGAGAGCAUUUCACAAGGCUUGAGCGAACGAUUCAAACUCUUGUAGUCAUAAUCUUAAAAAAUGAAUUCUUCUUUCUUGUGACCACGAUUCCUCUUUCUUCGACUUUCAGUUUUGAGAAUUCCACGCCUUCUUACUUAUUUCACAAAGUAUUGCUGUUGAAACCAAAAAUUAUAUGUUGAUUAACUAAUGCUUGAAAAAGAGGAAAAAACACAUUCACAUAGACAACAAAAAUCUUCCUCUUUUAAUCCUUAUGCGGAAAAACUAAAAGGAGAAGUAAAAAAAUAAACGAGACAAACAAAAUAAAAAGAAGGCAUGUUUGUCGUAUGUAUCUAUGUAGCGGUUUCUUUUAUCGACAAAAAAGGGAGUUUCUACAAAAAAGAAUAAACUAUUGUUUUACAUCUUGUUGUA